AUGAGAAAAGAAGAGCUGCAGGGCAUUCUAGGCGAGAGCGCGCACAAAAAUAAGCGAACAAGAAAAAGCUCGCACAUAGAAGAUGCGCUGUAUGGGACUCUUUUGGACGGGCAAUGCAAAGGCUCCCAUGCAGUCCAGAUGCAGUAUAAGGAGUACAGCAGGCCAGUGAAAAAAGCGUUUUCCCCUGUGCGCAGAACAAGCGAAGCAGAGCCUCCGCGCAAGAGCUGCAUAAAAGAGCACAGAGACGAGAUACUUGGGCACUUGCGAGAGAACAGCGUGCUCAUCAUAAAGGGCGGCACGGGCACAGGAAAAACCACACAAGUGCCGAAGAUUCUAUUGGAGGUGCUUCCCAGCGGAAAGCUUAUAGGAUGCACCCAGCCAAGAAGAGCCGCAGCCGUCACAGUGGCAGAUCGAAUGCAGGUUGAGGCGGGAGAAGCUUCCGUCGGGUACUCUGUCCGAUUUGACGCGCAGAAGGGAACGCAGAUAAAGUACAUGACAGAAGGCGUUCUUCUGAGCGAGAUCAAGCAGGACCGCAGCCUAAAAAAAUAUGCCUUUGUAAUACUGGACGAGAUACACGAGAAAACUGUAGAGUCUUUGCUGCUCUUAAAGUACCUGCUUCUUCUGGUUCGAGAAAGGCCUGGCCUGAAGCUUAUUCUUAUGAGCGCAACGCUCGAAGCAGACUCCCUGCAGGACAUAGGGCUGUUCCCUGUGGUCUCUAUAAAGCACACUCCGUUUCCUGUUAGGGUCCACUACUUGGAAGCCCCGGCAACAGACUACAUUGCGAGCAUAGUGGACAGAGUGGCAGGCCUUGCAAAAGCUCGAGAAAACAUUCUGGUGUUUCUAACAGGAAUCGAAGACAUCAAAAUAGUUUACCACCUGCUGGGCGAGCGGGUGGACGGGCUGAGCAUGUUUGUGCUGCACUCAAAAACCCCCGUGCCAGAGCAGAUGCAUGCCGUGCAAGCUCCAGGGCCCAAGUGCAUACUUUCCACAAACAUAGCCGAGACGUCCAUAACCAUACCGGGCAUAAGGUAUGUAAUCGACUGCGGGAUGUACAAGAGCAUGGUGUACGACUCCGUGCGAAAUGUAAAGGUGAUGAAAGUAGCGCCAAUUCAGAAGGCGCAGGCCUCCCAGAGGGCAGGGCGCACAGGAAGAACCAAUGAGGGAGAGUGCUUCAGAAUGUACACCGAAAGCGCAUACAACUCGCUCCACUCUAGCGCAGUCAGCAAAGUCCAGCUGGAGAACCUGGAGUACUUCAUCUUCACCUCGAUACAGCUGGGGCUUCCCAUGCCGAUGCAUGAGAGCACGCAGGCAGCUGUUUCCAGAAUGGAGAAGCUGCAUAUUUUGCAAGAUUUUCAGCUGACGCCUCUGGCGAAAAGCGUGCUAAAGCUGCCUCUUCCGGCAGCGCACGCCAUAUUUCUUCUUGAAGCUGCAAAGGCCGGAUGCGCGCCAGAGGCUGCCGCUAUUUUAGGCAUGCUCGAGGCAUACACCCCGCAUAGCUCGCACGUGCAGGAGGCUCUCGCUGGGAAAGACAUGAGCGGAGUUUUGGAAAGCGACCAUCUGCUGCUUCUCUGUCUGUAUAGAAAGGCAAAGACAAAGAACGUGCUAAACAUAAACAUGCAGAAAGUCGAAAAAGUGGCGAAACAGCUGUGCAGAAUCAUCGGAGUUUCCUUCGCUCUUUCUUCGGACAGAGAUUCAGCGCAUGUAACCCACAAGAGCAUUCUAAACGCGCUAGUGCACUCGCACCGAAACAACCUGUGCAUGCGGACAGGGAAUAAGUAUAAAGACAUGCAGACAGGCGCAGAGUGCUAUGUGUCUCCCCACUCCGUGCUAGCAUGCACCAAUGCAGAGGCGGCGUAUUUGGUGUACAACGAAAUAGUGGAAAUACACAGGCCCGUCCUUAGCACGGUCACAAAGGUAACGUGUGAGCAGAUAAAAGCCCUUCUAAAAUAG